GCGUCUGGAGACGUCACGUUCUGCGAACACCAGGGGAGCACCGGCCGCUGCUGCCGGUUUAUAUGGAGGCGGCGGCGCGUCCCCGGCCAGUCACAGACAGCAUGCGCGCCUGGGAGGCAGUUGUUGCCGCGGCGCUCGUGGCGGGGUUCGCGCUGGCCUUGGCCACCGCCGAUGCAGAGCCGGAGUAUCCACCGCCGGACGUGUACAGCCUCCACGUGGUGAGCCACGUGCGGAACCGGUACGCCAGGACUGUGGUCACCAGCAGGGUGGCCAACACCGCCAACGUGUCCAGAGAAAUCAGCUUCGACGCCGUCCUGCCGGAGACGGCCUUCAUAUCGGGAUUCGUCAUAGAGAUGGACGGCAAGGCGUACGAGGCGUACGUGAAGGGGAAGGAGGAGGCGCGCCAGGAGUACCGGCAGGCCGUGGAGGGCGGGCAGGGCGCCGCGCACGUGCAGCUCAGUGCAAGAGAUUCGAACGUGGUGUCCGUGUCGGUGAACGUGGAGGCUCAGAAGAAGGUGACUUUCAACCUGACGUACGAGGAGCUGCUGCAGAGGGAGCUGGGCGCCUACCACCUGCGCAUCAACCUCAAUCCCGGACAGAUCGUGAACGAUUUAUCGGUGGAGGUGCACAUCAACGAGACGAGCGACAUCACCCUUCUUGAAGUCCCCAGUCUGCAGCAGAGCAACGAAAUCUCAGACGAAGAGUACUCUACUAACCCUCUGGCGCACAUGGAGAGGCCUUCGGACACGACAGCCGUGGUGCGGUGGUCCCCCAGCAGGGAGGAGCAGGCGGCGCUGAGGGCGGAGGGCGUGCAGGGGCAGCUGCUAGUGCGAUACGACGUCGACCACGCCGCCAACAACAACCAGAUACUCGUGACUGAUGAUGGAUAUUUUGUGCACUUCUACUCACCGCCCGACCUCCCACCGCUGGAAAAGUACAUCGUGUUCGUGUUGGACGUGAGUGGCUCGAUGACUGGCAACAAGAUAGAUCAGCUGAUUCGGGCCAUGGUCUCCAUCUUUGACGAGCUGAGUCCUCGUGACAACUUCACUCUCAUCGUAUUUUCCUCUGAACCAAAGGUGUGGUGGCCAGAUACGGAGAACAACGCCUAUAUGUACUCGUACGGUUGGCCCAAAAGACAAAGAAAUGAUGCUGAUGCUAUCGUUUCUGCAACUCCAGAAAAUGUUGCUAGAGCCAAAGACUUCGUGAGGAGUCUCUAUGCGUUAGGAGGGACAGCAAUGUACGAGGCGCUAGACAGAGCACUGCGGGUAUCAAGGUCACGUGUGCCGCGUCCAGACGCUUCACUUGUGAUGGUGCUGCUGACGGACGGACUGCCUGACGGAGGAUCAGACGCCAUCUUGCAGGACUUCACUGCUGGGAAUGUGGAACGUGAAGUGACGCUGUUUACGCUGGCGUUCGGUGAAGAUGCAGACUUCGGAUUUCUCAGGAAGCUGGCCCUGCGCAACGGCGGCUUCGGCAGGCGCAUCUACGAGGCGGCGGACGCGCACCUGCAGCUGCGCAACUUCUACCGGCAGGUCGCGUCGCCGCUCCUCUCCAGCGUCAACUUCACGUACGGGGACGGACAGGUGGAGGAGGAAUCCCUGACACGGACCAAGUUCUCGACGCUGUUCCGCGGCAGCGAGCUGGUGGUGUCUGGCAGGCUACAACCUGCAGCAUCACUGGAGGAGCCCGUGGUGGUGGGGGAGGGCCGCCAGCUGUUGAGGUCGCCGGCCAGCCUGGAGAAGGCCUCCUCUGGGGAGCGCCUCUGGGCCUUCCUCACUGUGCACCAGCUGCUGGACCUGGACGCCGCCACACCCAACCAGACGCUCAAGGACAGGGCCAAGGAAAUAGCUCUCAAAUACUCCUUCGUGACUCCCGUGACGUCGCUGGUGGUCGUGAAACCUAACGACACAUCUGCCGUCGACCUGGACCGCGCUGGUGGAAAACGUAGAGGCUACUUCACAACAGCAGCGCCGGCAUCGUUGCUUGGAGGCUACUUCACAACAGCAGCGCCGGCAUCGUUGGGCGGAGUGGUGCCCAAGCCUUUGGAUCCAUCCCCACCUUUCUGCUGCCCUCCUGAUCUAGAGAUUCCUCAGGUACCUCCUUCCGGCCCAUACGCAACCACAUCUUCGCAUCCUGGUGUUGCGGCUUCUUCCGGACAACCGCAGGUGCUACGUAUAUGGGAGAUCACGUGGCUAGGCAGUGUCUCGAAUUCCUCACACGUCACACUAGAAGUAAACGGCACGGCACAGACCUAUGAACUGGCACUCAGCAAGACGGAGUCGCAGCUGGAGGAAUGUGCGACCCCUGGUGGAGGUCCCGGGCAGUGCCGCCACCUCACCAACUGCGUGCUCCCCAAUUUUGCCAACAGCCUCGAUGAUUUCCUGCCCUACCUCUGUGUGGUCGACGGCAGUUAUGUCGGAGCUUGCUGUCCGGACAACACGAUUCCCCACACGCUCGGUGGAUGAGGUGCGCGCUGACUGCCGAGACCGCUACUCUGCGCAGAGGUUGUUCCAGAAAUUGCCUUCCAUAGCUGUGGAGAGCAAAACGGGAAUGUCUGACGAUCAUACGAAACCCAAAGCUUGUUGAAUAAUUUGUUAAGUAUUAUUUGUUCCCUGUUAUUAUCCACAGUAAUUAAAUAUUGUCACUAGAGAAA